AUGGCGAACCUCGAAGAGACACACCACGUCGAAACCGAUAUAUGUAUGGCGGGGCUGCCGGAAUCUACCGAGCCUAGCGCCUCGUCGAGCGCCAAUGGCAAACGCAAGGCAGAUUCCGAGCUCGAUCGUGCUGCGAAAAAGAACUCCCCUCCGAGCGACACUCGAGAAGCGACAGCCAACGAGGCCGAAACGGUGCACAAUGGCGAAGCAGAUACCAAUACGGGGCAGCCGUUGUCCAAAAACCAGCUCAAGCGCCUGAGGAAGCAGCAGCAAUGGGAGGAAUACAAAGAGGACCGACGAUCGAAGCGCAAGGACAAGCGGCACGAGCGCCAGGCCCGGAAGCGCGCCGAAAAAGAAGCCAAAAUUGCCGAGGCCGAGGCAGCCGGUAUCGAUCCCGCGACGGUGUUACAACAAAAGGAGCCCUGGAAAUAUCGCCCGGUGCCCGUCUCGUUCAUCGUCGACUGCGACUUCGAGCAGUACAUGCGCGAGCAGGAGCUGGUGUCACUGUCGAGCCAGCUCGUGCGGUCAUACGCAAUGAACCGCAAAGCGAAAUAUCAGGCGGCCCUGCACUUUAGCUCGUGGAAGGGCAAACUCAAGGAGCGGUUUGAGACGGUGCUCAAGAACACGCAUCAUAAUUGGAAGAAUGUCGGCUUCCACGAGGGUGAUUUCAAGGAGGCUGCGAAACAAGCCGGGGAGCAAAUGGCAGGGCCGAAUGGGGGCGAAUUGCUCGAUUUGAUCAAGCCAAAUGCCGGCGAUGCGGGAGUAAAUCCCAUAGUCGAGGUUGAGCCAGAGGAUGAAGAGAUCGAACGGUCGGUUGUCUACUUGACCUCGGAGUCUCCAUACACCCUCGACAGGCUAGAGGCGAACACAAGUUAUGUCAUUGGCGGAAUCGUAGACAAAAAUAGGGAAAAGGGGCUCUGCUUCAAUCGAGCCAAGGAGUUCAAGGUCCGAACGGCGAAAUUGCCGAUUAGCGAAUACAUGGCUAUGCAGAGUCGCUAUGUCCUGACCACCAACCAGGUGGUGGAGAUCAUGGCCAAGUGGUUGGAGUGCGGCGAUUGGGGACAGGCCUUUAUGGAUGUGAUUCCCAAACGCAAAGGGGGUAUGUUGAAAGGGACUGAUCCAAAGGCGUCGAUGGUGCAACCUCACAAGGAGCAUCCCAAUAAAAAUAUAGCAGCAUGGGUCUGCCCCUGA